GAUGCAGUCAUCAGUUGAUUCCCAAUACUGUCCGAAAACCCAUUUUCGCUUUAAUUCGGCUCUCUUGAUUUCUUGCUUCUAUCGAUGGGACUGUCUUCUUGGGCUUUAGCCCUUUGCUUUCUUGUCGGUUUGCAUUCCCAUCCACUAAGUAAUCUGGUAAAAUUCGUGGGUAAUCAUGAAAAAUUUUUAAAUGAUAUUCCCGCUGCAUCAGGAGAUUUUCCGUAUUUGUGUAUUUUGAACUUGAAUGGCUAUUUGUGUGGAGGAACCCUAAUUGGACCUUCCCAUAUCUUGACUGCAGCUCAUUGUUUACACGGUCACGCAAUCACAGAAAUCAGCAAAUUCAGUGCUGUGUUAAAUUCACUUGCGAUUGACGGAAGAAGUACAGGAGCUGUUAUAAGAGGAGUAAAGGACUUUAUCGUUCACGAACAAUACAAUCCCAGCUACAAGGAUAACGACAUUGCCAUAUUCAUCCUAAGUUCGCCAGUUACUAAUCUAUCGUUCGCUACUCUUCCUACUGAUUCCAUAACAAAAGCAACAACCUUAAAAGAACCUACCACGAAAACCCCUACGACAACACCUAAACCAACAUCGGCAAAAGAAAAACAGACCAUAACAGAAAAUUUCAAAUCCACUAUCAAUCAACAAAACAUAACGACUCAAAAACCCAAUCAAGAAGUAUUUUUUACUUCAACAUUCAUACCUAAAACAACUGCAUCGACGACAGCAAAAAAUACGACUUCAGGCUCCGAUUUAGUUCCGCUUAGUAAUAUUUUCAGUAGCUUACUAGCAAUCAAGUCGACAACAACACAACGUCCGACAACUAAAACAACUAUUACGACUACACCACAUACCUCAACAAAUGCCAUUUCAACAAUUGCAACGACGACAGCAGAAAAUACCACGUCAGGCUCUGAUUUAGUGCCCCUUAGUAAUAUUUUUAGUAGCUUGCUAGCAAUUAAAUCGACAACAACACAACUUCCGACAACUAAAACAACUAUUACGACUACAAUGCAUACCACAACAAAUGCAAUUUUAACAAUUGCAACAAUAUCAGAAAAUACGACGCCAGGCUCUGAUUUAGUGCCCCUUAGCAAUAUUUUCAGUAGCUUACAAGCAAUUAAAUCGACAACAACACAACGUCCCACAACUAAAACAACUAUUACGAAUUCAACGCAUACCACAACAAAUGCAAUUUCAACAAUUACAACAAUAUCAGGAAAAACGACGCCAGGCUCUGAUUUAGUGCCCCUUAGCAAUAUUUUUAGUAGCUUACAAGCAAUUAAAUCGACAGCAACACAACGUCCAACAACUAAAACAGCUAUUACGACUUCAACGCAUACCACAACAAAUGCAAUUUCAACAAUUACUAUGACAUCAGAAAAUACGACGCCAGGCUCUGAUUUAGUGCCCCUUAGCAAUAUUUUCAGUAGCUUACAAGAAAGUAAAAUGACAACAACACAAACCCCCGCAACAGCUUAUAAAACUACGGCGAAACCCAACACCAAUAAAACAUCAAAAACUAAAACAACAAUUGCAACGACGACAGAAGGAAAACCAACUUCAGACUACAAGUUGGUGCCCCUCAGCCAUUUUUUCAGUAGCACAUCUGCUAAAAGUGCUUUUAGUACUUUUGCGAAUAUCCCGGCCGUUAUAACUGGAUGGAAAACAACUUCUCUAGGAAGAAGCUUUUCAAAGGUAUUACUGAAAGCGGACGUCAUAAUAAGAGACAACUCCUUCUGCAAAAGUCAAUAUGAUAGUUUUUUUAUCGGCACUCAUAUGUUGUGUGCCUCCGCUUCCAGCGCACACACUUGUCAGGAUAUGAGUGGUGGUCCCCUGUUCGUUAAUGGUGUUCAAAUUGGUAUCUUCAGCUGGGGAAAUGGCUGUGUUGAUUCUAAUUUUGCUGGCAUAUACACCAGAGUCACCAAUUACCUUGGGUGGAUUGCAACAACAAAAGCCCAAAAUCCAUAAAUAGAAAAAACAAUGGUACGAUGUCUUUGAACCGGAUCACAUCAGCACGGUCUAAAAAGGGAGGUAGAGAAACGCGCGCUAUCCCUGGCAUCAGUCAGAAUGUAAAAGGCAGCUCAGAGGGUCCCACGGCAUUCCACUAGAAACACCCCAAGUAACGUGGAACCCUCUAAGCUACCUCUUACAAUCUUCUCUUACGACUUUUGUCUACCUCUUCUGUAAGACCGUGACAUUAGUAUGCAAAUUAUUUUAAUAGAAUUGGCUUUUUAAAAAUAUGUCGCUCACCUAUAUGAGUUUAUCAUAACUUCGUUACAUCCUUUUGUAUUUAUUAAUUCAAAACAAGGGACAAAAAUAUUAUUUAUUGGGCAAGUAAAAAAAAAUAUUCCCCCAAAGUAAUCUAGAGUUUGUCGUUUUUCGGCCUUUUUCAUAUAUCCUGUCAUGGCUCUACGUUUCUUUUUUAGUUUGCGGAAUGGCGUUAUUACGGUUUACUAACGUUUAAAAAAGCAACACACUUAUUUUAAAAAUAUAUUCCGUAUGAUGGCUGGCCUAGAAAAAAUGCCUAGGAUUGCCAAGUCUAUAUUAAAAGUGUGAAAUCAUUUAGCUACAUCUACGUAAUUGCUCAGACUGGGGAAUUGUUACAUACUUCCUGAAGUUUUGUGAAAAUUUAUUUGUUCAACGAGUAAAAAUACUAAAAGCGAGUUUUCAUUUUUUUUGUCCCAUAUAGCCCCGGUCUACCCCAAUAGAAAAAAAUAUAUCAUUAGAAAAUUUGGCAUAAUUUAAUAUUUUGAAUUGCUUCAAUAAAUUUAAAUAACUUUGGGUUUAAUUUACUAUCAUGUUGGAUUGUUAAAUCGCAAAAAAGCAAUUUAUUAAUUUAAA